AUGUUUCCUUCCGAUAAGGAGACGUCGGGACGGACAACGUUCGAAAGUCGCAAUCGGAAGAAACGCAUUGCCUAUGUUGCGGCAACAAUUCUCAUGGCAAUCGUUCUCCUUCUCUUAAUUGGAUUAAUCGUUUGGGGUGGAUUUUACCUUUAUCGACACUAUGUGACAGAUGUUAAUGAUAAGCGCGAAAGCGAUGAAUACUUGAGAAAGCUGGUCAGACAGGUUAACGACUCGCCUGAAACGACAUGGAAGGCGAAAUUUAACAAAUUCGGCGUUAAAAAUCGUUCAUAUGGCUUCAAAUACACCCGUAAUCAAACUGCUGUCGAGGAAUAUAUGGAGCACAUUCGGAAAUUUUUCGAAUCCGAUGCGAUGAAACGACAUUUAGAGGAAAUUGAAAAUUACAAAGAUGAAGAUUUGCCGAAAUCGUUUGACGCCAGAUUGAAAUGGCCUCAAUGCCCCUCAAUUUCCAAUGUGCCAAAUCAAGGAGGAUGCGGAAGUUGCUUUGCGGUUGCUGCAGCUGGAGUGGCUUCCGAUCGAGCAUGCAUUCACUCAAACGGCACAUUCAAAGCACUUCUUUCCGAGGAAGAUAUUAUUGGAUGUUGUUCCGUUUGUGGAAAUUGCUAUGGCGGAGAUCCAUUGAAAGCAUUGACGUAUUGGGUGAAUCAAGGAUUGGUGACUGGCGGCCGCGAUGGAUGUCGUCCGUAUUCAUUCGACAUUUCAUGCGGCGUCCCUUGCUCGCCGGCAACAUUUUUCGAAGCUGAAGAGAAACGCACGUGCAUGCGACGAUGUCAAAAUAUCUAUUAUCAGCAGAAAUAUGAGGAAGACAAGCAUUUCGCGACGUUUGCGUACUCGAUGUACCCGCGUUCGAUGACAGUGUCCGCAGAUGGAUCGAGUAGAGUCAAAGUGCCAACUGUCGUUGGAUACUUCAACGAAAAAGCCGGAACCCCGCUGAACACCACCGAAUAUCGAAAUGUGAUUAAGAAGGAGAUUGCGCUUUACGGUCCCACCACGAUGGCAUUUCCAGUGCCCGAAGAGUUUUUGCAUUACUCGAGCGGCGUCUUCCGGCCGUACCCGAUUGAUGGGUUCGAUGAUCGCAUUGUUUAUUGGCAUGUGGUGCGACUCAUCGGUUGGGGUGAAGCCGACGACGGCUCGCAUUAUUGGUUGGCUGUCAACAGUUUUGGUCGGCAUUGGGGCGACAACGGAGUCUUCAAAAUCAACACGGAUGCAAUGGAAAAAUACGGUUUAGAAUACGAGACUGCCGUCGUCUAA